AUGACGGUCACCUACACGGCCAGAGUCGCCAACGCCCGCUUCUGUGGCUUCUCCAAGCUGCUGCUGGUGUGGAAGGGGAGCAUCUACAAGGUGCUGUACAAAGAGUUCCUGGCUUUCUUUGCCAUGUACACGGCCAUUAGCGUCACUUACAGAUUUGUCCUCUAUGAUGACCAAAAGAGGUACUUUGAAAAACUGGCAAUUUAUUGCAACCACUAUGCCAGUCUCAUCCCCAUGUCCUUCGUACUGGGUUUCUACGUGACCCUGGUGGUGAACCGCUGGUGGAGCCAGUACACCAGCAUCCCUCUCCCUGACCGGCUCAUGUGCGUCCUGUCGGGGGGGCUCCAGGGGAGCGACGAGCGAGGCCGCCUGCUGAGGCGCACCCUGAUGCGCUACGCCAGCCUGUCAGCCCUGCUCAUCCUGCGCUCCGUCAGCACGGCCGUCUUCAAGCGUUUCCCCACCAUGGACCAUGUGGUGGAGGCCGGAUUUAUGACGAGAGAGGAGAGGAAGAAGUUCGAGGGCCUUCACUCCCCCUACAACAAGUACUGGAUCCCCUGCGUCUGGUUCACCAACCUGGCUGCUGUGGCCCGCUGUGAGGGCAGGGUCAAAGACGACCACACACUCAAACUGCUGCUUGAGGAGCUGAAUGGGUUCAGAGGGAAGUGCAGUAUGUUGUUUCAUUAUGACAUGAUCAGUGUCCCCCUGGUCUACACUCAGGUGGUCACUUUAGCCGUGUACAGUUUUUUCCUGGUGUGUCUGAUUGGUCGUCAGUUCUUGGACCCGAGUCAAGGUUACCCAGGUCACGACCUCGACCUCUACGUGCCCAUCUUCACCCUGCUUCAGUUCUUCUUCUAUGCAGGGUGGCUUAAGGUGGCAGAGCAGCUGAUCAACCCCUUCGGAGAAGAUGAUGAUGACUUUGAGACUAACUGGCUGAUAGACAGAAAUUUCCAGGUGUCCAUGAUGGCAGUGGACGAGAUGUACGGAGAUCUGCCUAUGAUGGAGAGAGACCGCUACUGGAAUGACUCCAACCCCCGGCCCCCGUACACCGCCGCCACCCUCUUCGUCCUCCGCAAACCCUCCUUCCAAGGGUCCACUUUUGACAUGGCGGUCCCUAAGGAGGAGAUGCACUUCCAGCCUCUGGAAGAAAUUGCUGAGAACAUGGAGGAGUCUAGCAAUCGUCACCCCAACAUGGCCCUUUUUAACCGCCUCCUGAACACAGCUCCAUCCCCCACCGGCCUCAUGGGAGGGGCUCUUCGCCGCACCUCAGCCCAGCUCCAAAGGUUACGCCACUCCCCCAGCAUCGACCAGUGCACCAGCGAUGAUGAUGACGAUGAAAGUUGCAAGAUAGGCAAAGGGGGCUCUCUGCCAUCAGGGCUGGGGCAGGAAAACCAGAGCACCGCGUCCAGUUUCACGGACGAGAAGAGCCUCAGAACUCCUCUGCUGGAGAUCAAGUUUGGGGCGGAGCAGGAGAGGCGAGGAGGGCACCCUGCCCACAGUGAGAGGAAGGAGGUGAGUGGAGCGAAGGGGAGGAAUGAUGGAGAGUGGCAGAUGAGGGAGGAAGGAGGGGAUGAAGGAAGUACAACAUGGGAGGCCCAAGCUCCUGUGUCAGUGUCACCUCUUCCUCCUCCCCCACAGUCGUCCAUGGAGACGUCCACUCGACCGGCCUCCACCGUUCCCAUCGCCUGCCAUCGCACCUCUGCCUUCCAGUUUCACCCGACUGCUCACUCCAGUCUGGAGCACUGCAGCUCCCAGCCAGCCAUCAACCACAACAGAGCUGUGCCCACAAUUCCUAAACCCCCGUUUGCUGGGAAGAAAAAGUCCUUCCUCACUGUGCCAACUUACAACGAGCCUCAGCGCUUUCGCAGUGUGAGCAUGGGCUCAGAUCUCACUGGAUCUUAGGUUGACUGUUGAAACUGGGAUUUUUUAUUUCAAUGCACGAGGGAGAUCUGUUAAAACUAUAAAUGUGUGUUUCCACAUCUACUUUGAUUCUACUGCACCUUGGGGGCCAUACAAGGAGCACUUUUGGGAAGUUAGUGACACUCCCUGACAUUGUCACAUAAAGCAUUAGCCCCUCAUAGUUCUAAAAUAUCCCCGACUUAUUUAUGAUGUUGGAAAAUAUGCUUUUUGAAUUGUGCUCAAUUUCGCGACACAUCAUCUGGGACCUGGGAGGAAUGUUUGGUAUUUGAAGGAAGGGAAGGAAGGGAAACUGGACACAAUAAAGGACAAUUGUUCUAUUGACAUGUUGCUUCAUGGUAGCUAGUACAGUAGUCACAGGGUUAAGUUCUCAUUUUGAAAGUCUAUGAAGCUGAAGGUGUCACGAUGCAGCUAUCUUAAUAUGCUAGAUGCUCUUUGAAAUGAUGUGUUUUUCACAUCUCCAUUUAUUGAACAUAUUUGACACUACAUAGCUAUUUCUCACUACUGUCAGCCUGUGUGCUAGGCUACGUUAUGCUCAGCUAAGCAAAUCAAAGGUCAAUUCUUCCAGAGAGCAUAGGGUGUAUGAAGAAAAUUUAUUUCUGGUUCUUAAGUUAGGCGUAUAAAUGACCUGUUAUUACUUAAG